CCCCGGGCCGGUGGCGGAGCCGCCCCGCGGUGGGGACGGGCGGAGCUGGCCCGUGUGGUUCCGGGUCGGGCGGGAAGAUGGCGGCGCCCAUGGAGCUGUUCUGCUGGGCCGGGGGCUGGGGGCUGCCCUCGGUGGACCCCGACUGCUUGGCCGUGCUGACGUACGCGCGGUUCACGGGCGCGCCGCUGAAGGUUCACCGGGUCUCCAGCCCCUGGAGGAGCCCCUCCGGGCGCCUGCCGGCCUUGAAGACAAGGGACAACGGCACCAUCUCCAAAAUGGAGCAGAUCAUAACCCACCUCAGGAAACAGAAGUACAACGCUGACUACGACCUCUCUGCUGCGCAAGGGGCGGACACGCUGGCCUUCGUGUCCCUGCUGGAGGAGAAGCUGCUGCCGGUGCUGAUCCACACCUUCUGGGUGGACGCAAAGAACUACGUGGAGCACACGCGGAAGUGGUACGCGGAAACCAUCCCCUUCCCCCUGAACUUCUUCCUGCCCAACUGCAUGCACAAGCAACACCUUGAGCGGCUGCAGCUUCUGUGGGGAGACAGCUACAUGGAGGAUGAGGAGAAGCUGGAGAAGGAGCUGUACCGGGAUGCUCGGGAAUGUCUGACGCUCCUGUCCCAGCGCCUCGGAUCCCAGAAGUUUUUCUUCGGAGACUCGCCAGCCUCCCUCGACGCCUUCGUCUUCAGCCGCCUGGCGCCGCUCCUGAAGGCGAAACUUCCCAAUGGGAAACUGCAGCAGCACCUCAAGUCCCUGCAGAACCUGUGCAACUACUGCACCUCCAUCCUCAGCCUCUACUUCCCCUGGGACGGAGCAGAGCACCCGGGCAGCGCCCCCCGGGCAGCGGGCACCGAUGAGGCCGAGGAGGACCCACACAAGCGGCGGAACCAGCUGCUGUCGGUGCUGGUGGGGCUGGCGGCCAUGCUGGGCUACGCCUUCCUCAGUGGCAUCGUGUCCAUCCAGCGCGGCGGCGCGGGGCCGGCCGCCCGCCAGCCCAUCGCCAUGCAGGAGGAGGAAGAGGAGGAGGAGGAGUGAGGAAGAGCCGCUCGCCCUGGUCCUGGAACUGACUGUUUUUACACCGGAGCGUGGCAGCAUCGCUCCCUGGGGAUGCUCCGCUCCGCAUCCUGCCGGGAACUGCAGCUCUCCGUGGGGAGUGCGCUGCCACGCCAAUAAAUGUCCCCGGCAUCACA